CACCAGAGGUCAGUAGAGAGUCAGCCUGGGCUGGCCGUUGGUCUCUUGCUCUCUUCCCGAAGGAUGCUGGCCUCCUGCCUUCAGAGAAGAUCCUCCACUCAAACUAAGGGCUUUGAUUCCCGGCUGUUUUGUACUGAGGACCAUACCUCCUGUUUGUAGUUCUUCAUGUCUGAUUGUCUUGGUAACCCCGAAGGGACGCCUCACACUAUAUACCCGUGUUUCAUCGGGGUUGAUUCCUACUGCCCAGUGUCUCCAGCUCCGUGUCCACCAGCCUCCACCUUCUCUCUGAGCAGGCCUGAACCGAACCUCAUCAUGUCUGACGGAAAGAAAAUGACUUCCAGCCGUAGGCACCAUCUGAAGAGUCUGAUGCUGCAGAUUGCAGCAACCUGGAUUGAGACCGAGAAGCAGGAGCUGGUGGAGGCCAAGCAGAACUACAUGGCCGAGAACUGCCCUAACCCCGACAUGAGUGGAGACUUGGCUGCACUGAUGGAGAUUUGCAAGAAGCUCUCCCAGGCGGCCGACAAGAUAGAUGAUGAGCGCUACGACGUGGAGUCCAAAGUGGUGAAGGCCAACAAGGAGAUCGAGGACCUGCGGAUGAAGGUGGUGGAGCUGGGAGGCGUGAAGAAGCCAGCCCUGAAGAAGGUCCGCAUGUCUGCUGAUGCCAUGCUGCAGGCCCUACUAGGAGGGAAACACAAGGUCACCAUGGACCUCAGGUCCAACCUCAAGCAGGUCAAGAAGGAGGUCAAGGAGGAGAGCGUAGAGGCCGGAGAUUGGCGCAAAAACAUUGAGGACAAGGCGGACAGGAAGAAGAUGUUCGAGACGUCCUAGAGAGGUCCAGACGCUGGAGAAGGAGAGGUCUAGCUCCUCCUGCUUCACGCCUUCGGCUUCUGAUUCCACCGGGGGACUGAUGGACGCAGUUAGUGCUAUUUCAGUUCUCAUGUUAACAUUUAGGAAUCAAACUUCAAAUUGUACAGGAUUCUUGGAAUUGUUGAAAAUAAAUGCUUUGAAUUAAUACUUUAUGGUUCAUUUGUGUAUCGGCAUGUUAGGGUGAGAGAGUAGGUACAGGUUGAAGGUGCUUUAUUAGUUCAUUUUAUAAGUUGACUGUUCUUUGUGUGUGUGUGUAGUUUAGUUGGAUAAGAAGCUGGACACACUUUAGUAACCGCCAAGCAUAAUUUUCAACUUUGGAGAGUAAACAAAUCGCAGUUAUACAGAUGCUUACCUAAAUGAUUUCUACUCCAUUGUAAAUUAUUCACAAUAUCGCACAAUAUGGAAUAUGUUUGUAAAAUAACAAGUUUUGAUGUUCAAUUUAUUGACUUAAUGUCCCACUCACACUGGAGAGAACUAACUUAAGUGUUUUCAAACCAUCCUCAUCUGUCUCUUUUCUGUUUUUUUUGUCUGAAGAGGGUCAUGUAAUAAACACAUGAACUAGCCCCAAAUAAAACUAAAUCUGACUCAUUGACUGAUCAACAGAUUUAGUUAAAUCAUACACCCAUCAAACAAUUCAAAGCUGUUAUUGACCUCAUCGAUAUACAUCGACCCUGAAACCUUAAAGCA